AAAAUAAUGAACAUCCGCCAAAAAUGCCACCUUAUAGCCACCUCGAAACCCCAAGCUCAAGAAGGCCAAUUGCUUGUUUCCGCCACACCGGAUCCGAGGUCGCGCUGCCUUCUUUGUCGACAUCUACAAGGGCGCUGCUCAAAACUUGUCGGCGAUGAUGUCCCUCGCUCGCUGGGCAGCUGUUGCUGCUUCGUUGCUCCUGUUAUCCCCUAGCACCCUCGCUGUUCCCACGCACGGAAAUGGCAAGACGACGCGGGAUGCCGUCUCGCCUCGAGCAGACGACGACUGGCACUGGGUAGCCACAUGGACAUCCAUGCCGCAGCUGGUCGAACCGAACAACAUGCCUCCGGCACCCUUUACCGGCGGCGGUGCCGUGUUCAGGGACGCCACCCUGCGCCAGACGGUUCACCUGUCCAUCGGAGCCGAGCGCCUACGUCUGCAGAUCAGCAACACCUUCGGCGGUAGCGACCUGCCCAUUACCGCGGCCACCAUCGCCCUGCCCCAGGGCGGCAAGGCUGGAGUGGCGGCCAUCGAUGCGUCCACUGUCAAACCGCUGACAUUCAACAACGGCUCGUCCUCCAUCACCAUCCCGCGAGGCGAGGUCGCCUACACGGACCCGAUCGACUUUACCGUCUCCCCGCAGGCCAACAUCGCCGUCUCGAUCUACUCCCAGGCGGGCCAGUCGGGAAGCAGCAUCACGGGACACCCGGGCAGCCGCACGACGUCGUGGAUGCAGUCGGGCAACCACGUCGACGCAGCCAGUCUUUCCGGCUCCACCACGAAACACUGGUACUUCCUCUCGGCCGUGGAAGUCUGGUCGCCACCGACGACGGGCGCGUUUGUGAUCCUGGGCGAUAGCAUCACGGACGGGCGGGGCAGCACCGACGACGGCAACGACCGGUGGCCGGACCUGCUCCUGGCGCGCAUGCAGGCCGCCGAGGGCGGCGGCAACCUGAGCCAGGUCGCCGUCGACAACCAGGCAGCGGGCGGCAACGCGGUGCUGUCCGGGGGGCUGGGGCCGACGCUGCUCUCGCGGUACCGGCGCGACGCGCUGCAGGUCGCCGGGGUGCGGUACGUCAUGAUCUUCGAGGGAGUCAACGACAUCGGCAGCGGGCCGGCCGACGCCGGGUCGCAGGCCGGCAUCGGCAGCCGGCUGCAGGACGCGUUCGCGCAGAUCACGGCCGACUGCAAGGCCGCCGGCAUCAAGACCAUCGGGGCCACCAUCACGCCCUUUGGCGGCAAUGGGCAGCCGUACUCGAACCCCACUAGGGAGCAGACGCGCGCCCAGGUAAACGAGUGGAUUCUGAACAGCGGGACGUUCGACGCGACCGUCGACUUCGCCUCGCUGGUGGCGAACCCGGCCAUCGCGAGCCAGCUGGCGCCCCAGUAUGACGGGGGCGAUCAUCUGCAUCCGAACGUGGCGGGCUACAAAGCGAUGGCGGACGGAUUUCCCUUGGACGUCUUUGAAUGAGCGGAGGAUGAUGGAAGAAGGUGAAAGGGGGGAAUAAGUUGUGGCAGCGAGGUGCCUGAGGGGUUGAAGGUAGUGGGAACGAGCAUGGAAGCAGAAAGCCGUGAUAAUGGGUAGAUCUAAACGAAAAUUGAAGAGGAAAGGGAGCAAGAAGAAUCAGGGAGUGGCUUGUUGGUCAACCGCGGUGAUAUUCUGACGCAUGCAGCUCUGCAUCUAGCAAUGCACUGGACUUGGCACUUCGGCUUCGAAUGGAGGAUGGGAAGGGCAAGACGAUGCUACACACACGUCAGACGCUCUGAUCUUAGCUUGGCCACGGGCCUGCUGGGGUUUACACUUACGCUUGUCCCCUGAAAGACCACUCAGGUUCAAAAGGGGCGGGUUCGCCGUCUUCUCCCAGAGGCCAGCCAAUUUCGAGAGUGGCAAGCACCGUAGCCAGCAUGAUAAGGAGGCUGUUCUCAGCUAGGUGCCUGCCGACGCAGAUGCUGCACACCGUGGCGAGUCAGCUGUUAUCGGCGCCCUAAUUAACACUUUUUAACGGGGCUACGCAC